AUGCAUCCAGCAUAUGCUUGUGCUGAGGAUGUAUGCCAUACCAUACCGCCGAAGCAUAUUGCAUCCACGUGCAUCCAACUAUUCCGUGAGCAAGUGCACACUAUACAUCACAGAAGCACAACAGCCUACAGAGCACCUUAUCGCCAAGCAACAUUAUGACAGGUUCCAAUUCAUCAGGCUGCGAGCCGCUCCUGCCCUCGCAUCGAAGCCAAGAGCAAUCCGCGAAAGACUACGGCGCGACUGCGCAGCAAAAGGAGAAUCCUGCUGCAGGUCAAGCCAAACAGAUCACUCAGCAAGCGCACCAGAGCCUGCAAAGGGCCAAACCCGACAUCGAGUAUGCUGUCGCUGCGCUUAAGGCUGGCAAACUUCCAAGCACGGAGCAGUUGAGCAAGUGGGUGGACUACCUUCAGUCCACCUCUAUCUUCCAGACUGGCCCAUACAACAAGACCGGUGCGCUCUCCGAAGAAGGCGAACGAAUCAUCUCCGACUUUAAAAAUGUUCUUUACCAGCUCAAGCAGCUCGCAGAGCUCAAGAAUGACGAUGACAAGUUUCAGAGGUUCAUGUACCACUCGUCGCAAGCGUCGAUCGCUACGGACCUGUCCGACCCAUCAGCUUUCACACCCAGCCAACGCCAGCUCCGCAAGGACAGCGAGCGCGCCGUCAACGCUCUCCGCAAGCUUGGUUGGCUCAUCGUGACCGACGAGGCUUUCAACCACAUCAUUGCUGAUCUGUUCUUUGCCAGCAGGGAGCUGCUCGCCGACGCUGCGAGCGUCGCGUCGGACAAGAUCCGUGAAGUCAGCGAGCGCGCCAGGCCUUCUGAGAGUGCCAAGUCUGCCAGCGGAGUCGAGAAGCGCGACACCGCCCUCGGCAUCGGCCACGGCCGCAUGUCCAGCGAGAGUGAGGAGAACACCAAGCAGAAGGGCAGGGUUAGCGGCCUCAAUGUUGACGCUGACAAGCUCAAGCGCGACGUCAAGGACCUGGCGAGCAACGCCAAGAAGUGGAUCGAGGAGCGCACUGGCUCAUCAGAGGACGCCAAGGACGACCUCAUUGAGCGCCUCAAGAAGACUAUCAUCUCCAUCCAGGAGCAUGAAGAGUACCAGGAGUCUGUCGAUGUGCUCAUCGACCUCAUCAAAAAGUACGGCAAGGAGGUCAAGUCCGCUGCUGAACAGGCCAAGGAGGAUGGAAAGGAGAAGAUCAACGCCAACGACCACGUCGACAAGGCGGCGCGCAACUUGAAAGCCAUAGUCGAGGCUUUUGCAAACGGAAAGUGCCUCGACCCCGUCCUAGAUGCCUUCAAACAGGUCGCAGAGGACAUCCGUAAAGACGGCCGCCUCUCAGCAUACUUCUCCGAGGUCAGCCAUUUCAUCGAGCGCUGCCUCAAAGAUUCGGGCUACGUUACCACUUCUAAGGCGUCUCGACGCAUCGACAGUCUCUACGACCGCGCGCAGGAGUUGCAAAACUCGAACUCCGACUGGAAGAAAGACGCGCAGAACCUCAGCGAGAGGCUGCAAGAGUUCAGCGAGGCGCUGUGCAGCGACGAAGACAGCUGCGGACUUCUCGUCGCGUUCCAGAAGCUCGGCGCCGACCUCGAGACGCUCGCUGAGCAGACAGUCAAGCUGCUGCAAGGCCAAGCGCAUGGUUUGUACCGAGACAUUGCCGAUGUCUGGCUGCCCCGCGUCCUUUCGAGCAUCAGCCAUGUCCCGCUACCCAAGAUCGAGUUCAAGAGCGCCGAUGUCGACGUCAUUGUAGAUGGCAUUAACCUCGCGGCAAGCUCUGGCAACUUCAUCCCGGACCGUAUCCAAAUCCUCAACAGGAACGAGGUGCAGCUGCACAACGGCUAUGCUGCAUUUGCUACCACGUUUGACAGCGAGAUCACCGUUCGUGUCGAGGGUCUGCGCAUCAUGGCUUCCGACGUUGCCUUCUACAUCCACCGCAAGAACGCCUACUUCCACCGUCGCGAUUGGGGCCUGCUCUCGCUCGACGCCAGCAGCCCUAAGGGCAUUUCUCUCAUGAUCCAUCUCGAGAACGCCAAACCCGAAGAUCGCGAGUCGUACAUGAAAGUCAAGAAGGUGGACGUCGACAUUUCGCAGCUAAACAUUAGUGUGCGCCAGUCGCACCACCCUAUCCAGAACUUCCUCUUCAUCCCUCUCGCGCGCCCUGCGCUGCGCACGAUCAUCGGCAAGCUGCUCGAGGAGCAGAUAUCCUCUGCUCUCGAAGACUCCGAUAAGCAGCUCUUCGCCAUGCAUGAGCGCAGCGUCGCCCUCUCCAAGUACUCUGGCGCUGCAUUCAACCCUUUCUCCUCUGCACCCGGCGGCGGCGGGACCCCGUCCAUCACCGGCUACUUCAACGCCCUCUUCGGCAGUGGCAUCAACCCCUUCAGCCUCGGUUCCGGAGGUAGCUCUUCCGUCUCGGUCGGCAAGCGCGGCAUCGUCAAAAAGGGCAGGAGCGGCGAGUGGCUGCUCGCCAUCGGCUCGCCUCAGCCGAUCAUCGAUGCCGACGCCGGCCCCAAGGGUUGGGCAGAAAAGCACAGGCGAGAAGCAGAGGAGGCAAAGAGGAAGUUCGAAAUGCUCACCAGCAAGGGAAAAGCUGAGCUCCGCAAGUCGGCCGCCGAGACGGAUGCCAAGGCAAGCGAGAUGGCCAAAGAGGACGACUGGAGGAGCGAUGCUUUCGACAUCCCCGUCUGAAGGACGUCCUCCUCACCUCAUACUUUCUUUACGCAGCAUUAAGCCUAGCCUCUGUUCCGGUGUCUUGGGAAUCUGCGUGGAUUCGUCAAUAAUAGUAGGGCAAUACCAAGCUAGUUGUACCACGCUCGCAUCUCGUGUACUGUAUCAACGUUGCAAUUGUUCGAAUUUC